AUGUCGAAAUUAUUCAAGCCCCUCCAGAUUGGAGGAAAGACCCUCAAUCAGCGAAUUGCUAUGGCCCCCAUGACUCGUCUUCGUGCCGAUCAGUCGCACCUCCCGCUGCCUUCUGUGAAAAAGUACUAUGAGCAACGUGCAAGCGUUCCGGGGUCCCUUAUUGUCACUGAGGCCACCGUGAUCAGUCCUCGACAUGGAGGAUAUCCCAAUGUCCCUGGAAUCUACAGUAACAGCCAAGUAGCCGCCUGGAAAGACGUUACCGAUGCAGUCCAUAACAAGGGGUCAUACAUUUACCUCCAACUUUGGGCUUUGGGUCGUGCCGCAAACCCUACCUUCUUGAAUCAGGGAGAGCAUCCGCUUCUCUCGGCCAGCAACAGCCCAAUGAAAAGUGCCUUCAGCGACGAGAUCCACCGGCCUCGAUCCAUGACAGAAAAAGAGAUCCUGGAUUCCAUCGUCGACUUCCGGAAUGCGGCCAAAAAUGCGAUCAGCGCUGAAUUUGACGGCGUGGAAAUUCAUGGAGCGAAUGGCUAUCUUGUGGACCAAUUCCUUCAAGAUGUUUCGAAUACACGAACGGACGAAUGGGGCGGAAAUAUUGCCAACCGAUCGAGGUACGCUGUUGAAGUCACCCGCGCCGUUGCCGCCGAGAUAGGUAAUCAGCGCACUGCAAUACGCCUGAGUCCAUGGAGCAGGUACCAAGGAAUGCGCAUGGAAGAUCCCAUUCCGCAGUUUACGGAUGUCGUUCGGAAAUUGGCUCAGUUCAACUUGGCCUAUCUUCACGCGUGUGAGUCUGACGCGAGAGACAAGGAUGACGGGGAUCUGAACUGGUUGUUGGAAGCAUAUGGCAAUAGCAGUCCCGUUCUAGUUGCCGGGAACUAUAAUGGAGAGUCCGCAAAGACCGCGGUGGACAGUACCUAUGCCAACCAUGAUGUGGCUGUCGCUUUUGGUCGUCCAUACAUCGGAAACCCCGACCUACCUUUCAGAGUCAAGUGCGGACUGCCUUUAGCGCAGUUCAAUCCGGCAACCAUGUAUGGACAAGGAUCGGAAGGUUAUACUGAUUACCUGUUCAGUAAAGAGUUCUCAUCGCACAUGGAAGCUGGUAAAGCCUAG